AGCUUUAUGGAUUAGAUUUUCGCACAUUUAAUUUUGAAAUGGAGUUAAUUUGGCAGAUGGCUCGUACAAAGCAAACUGCUCGGAAGUCAACUGGUGGAAAGGCUCCCAGAAAGCAACUUGCUACCAAGGCUGCCCGUAAGUCUGCCCCUACUACAGGCGGUGUGAAGAAACCCCACCGUUAUCGUCCUGGUACUGUUGCUCUACGUGAAAUUCGUAAGUACCAGAAGAGUACUGAGCUCCUGAUCAGGAAGCUUCCUUUUCAGAGGCUUGUGCGUGAGAUUGCUCAGGACUUUAAGACUGAUCUGCGUUUCCAAAGCCAUGCUGUUUUAGCACUUCAGGAGGCUGCAGAGGCCUACCUUGUGGGCCUUUUUGAGGACACCAAUCUGUGUGCUAUUCACGCCAAGCGUGUGACGAUAAUGCCCAAGGACAUUCAGCUGGCUCGCAGAAUCAGGGGUGAGCGUGCUUAGAUGAUUUGAUUCUCGGACAAGGUGUGUGGUGAUGGUGUUUUUUAGUUUAGUUUGUUGUUAAGAAGCAUAAAGAUGCUAGACAGUAUUAAGCUCAAAUAGUUAUUGUUAGUGCUGUUUAUGGGUUGUAAUGGUAGUGUUCCCUUUGGAUGGAAACUAUACUUUUCACAGCUAUUACUCUAUGGACUAGAAUGUUUCCUUUGAACUGCUUUUGGUGAGGAAUUUCCUAUUUGCAUCAUAUGUAGUGGAUCUGUUUUCUAGUAUAUUGCUGUGGUGCAAUUUAUGUU